GCCUAUUAUUACCGCGGACGUCCUUCUCCCUCCCUCUUUCUCUUGUCACUGUGUUUUUCGGGAGGCGGAGGAAGGGUCCUAUUUUCUUUCAUCCUCUUCGCAGAAAAAAAACAAAUGUUAUGUUUCCGGGGAAACGCAUAGCUUCGUGUUUCGCCCCUGCUCAUCCGGGCGACUUUACAUUCACCGCAUAAACAGUUGGAACCAAACCGAAUGAGAGGAGCUAAGGGCGGACUGGACUGAGAGGAAGAACCGGGGACUGACUUGAAGGCUGCACGUCCACCGCUUUCUUUAAUUCAACCGCAAUUUUCCAUUGAUUUUUCUUUCUUCCCAUGGCUCCGUACGUUUCUUGACGCCUUGAAAUGUGGUAUGAAGCGUUUCCUGCUUCUGUUUCCGUUGCUAUUACUCUGUGGGAGUCACCGCUUUGACGUUUGUCUCCCAGGAAAAUCGUAGCAUUUAACGUUAGCUAACAGGAAAACAAAAACUCUCCUUUUAUCUUUUAACUCUCCUUCCCGCGGUGGUCGCACAGAGCCCACGGCUGUUUUCUCUUUUUUGACCCCCAUCAGUUGCCUCAAUGGUUGGGUUUUCUUUCCUUUCUCACCAUAAGGCGGAUGCAGCUGAAAGUAAACCGAGGACCACCGGGGUUGAUUUAUUAACGAGCCAGCCUGUGUCCACCGAAAUGGUACGAUAGCGUCUGGGAAGGAUUGGGGGAAAGUGAGAAGCUAAGUUGGGGGUGGGGGGGGUCAGUCUGGGCUGUUUUUCCCCCUUCAGAUGUGGCUGGGUUGGUACCGAAAACACCAGACAGACAUGAGGUGGAAGUAGUUUGUUUUUGUACGCAUUCAUUUAAGCUGGAUCACUGUCUUGGUGAUCUGUGCUGCCUUCACGGACUGUGACAAUGAGGAUUGUAUGAGAAGUGAGGCUGCUUUACUCUGGUGUGAUUGACAGCCAGGCUAAUCUGGGCUGAUUUUUUUUUCAACCCAGUGUGAACACAAACCUACAGCCCAUUUAGUAAUUUUCUCUUGGACAACGAAGCGCACUCAGGGACGACAAUGUCUUUACGCACGGCACUGCCUGGAAACGAGCGGAACCCGGACCAUCAUACCUCCCUGUCGGGCAGCCGCUCGGAGAAGGGUACUGGCUGGUCGAGCCGCUCGCUUGGUGCCCGAUGUCGUAACUCCAUCGCCUUGUGUUCCGAUGAGCAGCCACACAUCGGAAACUACCGGCUCCUCAAAACCAUCGGCAAGGGAAACUUUGCCAAGGUCAAGCUGGCCCGACACAUACUGACUGGCAGAGAGGUUGCAAUAAAGAUCAUUGAUAAAACACAACUCAACCCAACCAGCCUACAGAAGCUGUUUCGAGAGGUACGCAUCAUGAAAACUCUGAACCAUCCCAACAUAGUGAAGCUGUUUGAGGUGAUUGAGACUGAGAAGACUCUCUACCUGAUCAUGGAGUACGCAAGCGGAGGUGAAGUGUUUGACUACCUCGUGGCUCAUGGCAGAAUGAAGGAGAAAGAGGCCAGAGCCAAGUUCAGACAGAUUGUCUCAGCGGUGCACUACUGUCAUCUGAAAAACAUUGUUCACAGAGACUUGAAGGCGGAGAACCUGCUACUAGACGCCGACUCCAACAUCAAAAUAGCCGACUUUGGCUUCAGUAACGAGUUCAUUGCGGGCAGUAAGCUGGACACGUUCUGCGGCUCCCCGCCCUAUGCUGCCCCGGAGCUCUUCCAGGGGAAGAAGUACGACGGUCCAGAGGUGGACAUCUGGAGCCUGGGUGUCAUCUUGUACACACUGGUCAGUGGGUCCUUGCCCUUUGACGGACAGAACCUAAAGGAGCUGCGGGAGCGUGUUUUGAGGGGGAAAUAUCGUGUGCCCUUCUACAUGUCUACAGACUGCGAGGGAAUCUUGCGCCGUUUCCUGGUCCUCAACCCUGCCAAGCGCUGCUCGCUGGACCAAAUAAUGAAAGAUAAGUGGAUAAAUAUCGGCUAUGAUGGCGAGGAUCUGAAGCCCCACACAGAGCCUGUGGAGGACUUAAACAAUGCCAGCCGCAUUGAUGUGAUGGUUGGGAUGGGCUUCACCAGAGAUGAGAUCAGAGAUUCACUGUCUAGUCAGAAGUACAAUGAGGUCACCGCCACAUACCUGCUGCUGGGACGCAAGAAUGAGACGGAGAGCAGUGUGUCUCGGUCAGGCAGCAGUCUGAGUCUAGCUCGAGUCCGACCCGGCACCCUCACCAACGGAACCAGCAAGCACCCCACAUCGUCCUCCUCCUCCGCUGCAACUUCUUCCUCUGGCCACAAGGCGCAGCGCAGCGCUUCUACUUACCACCGCCAGAGACGACACUCUGACUUCUGUGGUCCUGCGGUUCCAGGGUCGACAAACCCUAAGCGGAGUCCCAGUGGUGUAGGCGAAGGCGCGGGCCUGAAGGAAGAGCGUCUGUCAAGCCGCAAGCCGAGCACCAGUACCGUUGGCUCUCGUAGCAUCCCUACCCCCUCCAGUCCCAUGGUUAGCUCUGCUCAUAACCCAAAUAAGGCAGAGAUACCUGACCGGCGCAAGGAAGUUACUGCAACCACAAAUAACGUCCCAGCCAGUGCCAUGACUCGAAGAAACACGUAUGUGUGUACAGACCGAUCCAACACUGAUAGACACACACUGCUGCAAAAUGGCAAGGAAAACAGUUCCAUAUCCCAUCGCCUGCCCCCCGCCUCUCCUUCAACCCACAGCAUCGCUGGUGCUUCUGGGACCUCCUCUGCGUCCUCCACGCCCUCCUCCCGCCUCUCCAGGGGAUCCACGGUUAGGAGCACUUUCCACGGAGGGCAGAUCAGAGACCGUCGUCCUCCAUCGCAUGCUCCUCCAGCUUCCCCGACGCCAUCUCAUGAUGCCAGCCCGCUGCCCCACGCCAGGACCCGGGCCACGACCAACCUGCUAAGCAAACUCACCUCCAAAUUGACCCGCAGGGUCACUCUUGACCCUUCUAAACGUCAGAGCUCAAACAAGUCCAUGUCGGGCUGCACCCUCCCACAGGGGACAAAAACAGUUAGGUCACAGACGAACCUGAGAGAAUCAGCAGAUCUCCGGUCACAAGCCUCAGCUGCUUCAGCCCAGUCUCAGUCUCAGGUUAAAACCAGCAGUCGCCAUCUAUCUGGGCAUCAGAAAGCGGUCGAGCCCCGGACCCCCCGAUGCGGCUGGGAUGUGAGGGUGCGGAGCCCCCGGGACCCGGCCGAGGUGGUGCUUGCUCUGCGCGAGGCGGCGCAGGGCUGCGGCUGCCAGGUCCACCUCGCCGGGCCUUUCCUCCUGUCCUGCACCCACGGAGCAGCCGGCGCUCGCGUGGCCUUCGAGGCCGAGGUCUGCCAGCUGCCCAGCGGGCUGGGCCAGAGCAGCGGUGUGAGGUUCAAGCGCCUGUGGGGGGCACCGUUAGCCUUUAGAGACAUCGCCACCAAAGUGUCUAAGGAGCUGGAGCUCUGAGGGCGACAGGAGGCGGGGCAGAUUUAUAACAGACUGAACCUGUUAAAGAAUGAGGAGGGAUGAAGAGGAGGA